AUGACGUCUACCAACCCCAAGCUGGCCCCAACGGGUCCCAUAACCACCCCCUUGACCAAGCUCCUCGGCAUCCAACACCCGAUCGUGCUGGCUGGCAUGGCCCGAACCUCGGGCGCCGAGCUGGCAGCCGCCGUGUCCAACGCGGGCGGCCUGGGUGUGAUCGGUGGCUUCAUGUACACGCCGGACCAGCUGCGCGAGAUCGUCGCCGACAUGAAGAAGCUGCUGCGGUCGCCAGACCUGCCCUUCGGCAUCGACCUGGCCCUGCCGCAGGUCGGCGGAAACGCCCGCAAGACGAACCACGACUACACAGCCGGCAAGCUUGACGAGCUAAUCGACAUCACCAUCGACUCUGGCGCGCGCCUGUUCAUCUCGGCUGUCGGCGUCCCGCCCAAGCCCGUCAUCGACCGCCUCCACAAGGCCGGCAUCCUGGUCAUGAACAUGGUCGGCCACCCCAAGCACGCCGUCAAGGCCCUCGACCUCGGCGUCGACCUGAUCUGCGCCCAGGGCGGCGAGGGCGGCGGCCACACGGGCGACAUCGCCAACAGCGUGCUGAUCCCCGCCGUUGUCGACGUGGCGCGGCGGUACCGGCCGGCGGCGCUCAAGGGGCAGACGGCGCUGGUGGUGGCCGCGGGCGGCAUCUCCAACGGGCGGUCGCUGGCCUCGAGCCUGAUGCAGGGCGCCGUGGGCGUGUGGGUGGGCACGCGGUUCGUGGCCUCGGCCGAGGCGGGCUGCUCCGAGGAGCACAAGAAGGCCGUCGUGGCCUGCGGCUUCGACGAGACGGAGCGCACGCUCGUCGUGUCCGGGCGGCCCCUGCGCAUGCGCACCAACGCCUACAUCGCCGCGUGGCACGCCCAGCCCGGCCGCAUCAAGGAGCUGACCGAGCGCGGCGUCGUGCCCAUCGAGUACGACUUUGACCAGGGCAAUGACGUCGACCCCCCGCACCUCAUGGGCCAGGUCGCCGGCGCCAUCACCAAGGUCCAGCCCGCCGCCGAGAUCGUCGCCGAGAUGGUCAAGGAGGCGGCGGACAUGCUCAACGUCGGGAAGGGUUACCUCGCACCCGAGGGCAGGAGCCGACUGUAG